AUGCAUCUUGGUUUGCAGCCUCGUCUAAAGCCUCGUCCCAGUCUCUACGACCUGAUUCGUAGUCGCAAAAGCACGGGCCCACUCGAUUCUAGCCUCGAUUCCGAACAGAGCUUCAAGCUUGCUCAAGAACUUCCUCCGCUGCCCCCAUCACCCACCUCAACCCUCUCGCCUCCUACAACCCCUCUAGAUUGUCAGUCGUUGGAGCCAGUCGAAGACGACGCACCAGCCAUCAUGCCUCCAAAGAAAGCUGCGAUCAAGGAUGACGAUGAUGAGCAAUAUGGCUCCAUCUACUCCGUCUCCGGACCCGUCGUAGUCGCCGAGAAUAUGAUCGGGGUUGCUAUGUACGAAUUGGUCAAAGUCGGGCACGAUAACCUCGUCGGGGAAGUCAUUCGUAUCGAAGCAGACAGAGCUACCAUUCAGGUUUAUGAAGAGACCGCUGGUGUAACGGUCGGGGAUCCCGUCAUCCGAACUGGAAAGCCUCUCUCCGUCGAGUUGGGACCUGGAUUACUGGAAACCAUUUACGAUGGUAUUCAACGACCCCUCAGGAGCAUUGCCCAAAAUUCCAACAGCAUCUACAUUCCCCGUGGUAUUGCAGUUCCUGCGUUGAACAGAGAGAAGGACUGGGAAUUUAAGCCUUUGAUGAAGGUUGGAGAUCACAUCACCGGAGGAGACAUCUGGGGCACUGUCUACGAGAACUCCCUGAUGGACGACCACAAGAUUCUUCUUCCACCAAGAGCUCGGGGUACGAUCACUCGAAUUGCCGGGGAGGGGAAAUACAAAGUCGACCAGAAGAUCCUGGAGAUUGAGUUUGAUGGCAAGAAGACUGAACACAGCAUGAUGCACACAUGGCCCGUCCGUGUUCCUCGCCCGACCAACGAGAAGCUGGCUGCAGACAAACCCUUCAUCGUCGGUCAACGCGUUCUGGACGCCCUCUUUCCUUCCGUACAAGGAGGAACUGUUGCCAUCCCAGGUGCUUUCGGUUGCGGAAAGACUGUGAUUUCGCAGUCCGUGUCCAAAUUUUCCAACAGUGAUAUCAUCGUUUACGUUGGGUGUGGUGAGCGAGGAAACGAGAUGGCUGAAGUCUUGAUGGAUUUCCCAGAACUUUCCAUCGAUAUCAAUGGCCGAAAGGAGCCUAUCAUGAAGCGUACCACCCUGAUCGCCAACACCUCCAACAUGCCUGUCGCUGCGCGAGAAGCUUCCAUUUACACUGGAAUUUGUUUAUCAGAGUAUUGGAGAGACCAGGGUAAAGACGUUGCCAUGAUGGCUGAUUCAACGUCCCGAUGGGCUGAGGCUCUUCGUGAGCUGUCUGGUCGUCUGGGAGAAAUGCCUGCCGAUCAGGGUUAUCCCGCCUACCUUGGGGCUAAGCUUGCCAGCUUCUAUGAGCGUGCUGGGAAGGUACAAGCUCUCGGUAGUCCGGGGCGUGAAGGAUCCGUCAGUAUCGUCGGAGCCGUCAGUCCUCCCGGAGGAGAUUUCUCCGAUCCAGUCACCAGUUCCACCCUCGGUAUCGUACAGGUCUUCUGGGGUCUCGACAAGAAGCUCGCUCAGCGUAAACAUUUCCCUUCCAUCAAUACCUCUCUUAGUUACUCCAAGUACACCGGCGUCCUGGACAAGUUUUACGAGAAGGACUUCCCUGAGUUCCCCAGACUCCGUGAUCGUAUCAAGCAACUUCUCACCGAUUCCGAAGAGUUGGAUCAGGUGGUGCAGUUGGUCGGAAAGUCCGCUUUGUCUGACCCUGAUAAGAUCACCCUGGAUGUUGCAGGUCUGAUCAAGGAGGACUUUUUGCAGCAGAACGGUUACUCGGACUAUGAUCAGUUCUGCCCCAUCUGGAAGACGGAAUGGAUGAUGAAGGCUAUGAUGGGAUUCCACGACGAGGCUCAGAAGGCUGUCGCGCAAGGCCAUAACUGGAGUAAAGUCCGCGAGGCCACAGGUGACAUUCAAUCCCAGCUCCGAAGCAUGAAAUUCGAGGUUCCUAGUGACGGAGAAGAUGUUAUUGUGAAAAAGUACGAGGAUCUUAUCCAAGCCAUGACUGACAAGUUUGCCUCUGUCAUUGACGAGUAA